AUGGCAUCUUGUAGCAGUGAUGAUAGUGAUAUAGAAUUAUUUGAAAUGAUGUUGGAUUUUGAUGCAGAUAGUGAUAUUGUACAUGUUUCCAUAAAUGUACAAGUUGUAUGCAAUGCAUUAUUGAUUUUUCAAAAUGUUGUUGCUCGGUGGCCUGGGUCUACUCACGAUGCAACAAUAUUUAACCAUUCUGAUUUAAAAGAUCAUUGUGAACAUGGUGGACUUGGAAAUCGCUGGUUGCUUGGUGAUAGUGGCUAUCCCUGCAAACCCUAUCUUUUAACACCACUAAUUAACCCCCGUACCCAAUCAGAACAAUUAUAUAAUGAAUCACAUAUUAAAACAAGAAAUACUAUAGAAAGAUGCAUUGGUGUUUGGAAAAGAAGAUUCCCUGUAUUGUCAUUAAAAGGCAGACUAAAAUUGGAAAACAUGCAAGCUGUUAUUAUAGCAACCGCAGUGCUGCACAAUAUCGCAAGGAAUAUGAACUUAGAAGAUUUGGAACCAGAAAUUUCAGUCCCAGAUAUGAUACACGAAAACAAUAUAAUUGUUCAUAACAAUUUUCCAGAACGUACAUCUGGAAGGCAAUUACUUAUAAAUAAUUACUUCCAAAUUUAAUAUAUAAAAUAAACUCAAUAGAUAU